AUGCCCGCCGGAGUUUCCUGGGGCCAGUACAUGAAGUUCCUGGGCUGCGCCCUGGCAUCCAUGAUGGCCGGAUCGCAGGCUGUACACCUCUACUAUAAGCCUCUGGAGGACUUGCCCACCUACAUCGAACGGGAGCAGCACAGCACACAGGUGGAUCCCAGCGCAAAGCCACCGGAAUCUGUCUAAAACCGUGUACUUGACAAGUUACUGGCCACUAAAGCUAUUUAAGUCAA